UUAUACUCUACAUCCAAAAUACAAGCUACUGUACUGUCCGCGUACAAGACAAAAAGAAGAAACUAAGAAGAGCACUAUAUAGCAGAGAAGAGUUAUAGAAUGGUACAGCAGAUAAACAAAGAGGCCUGAAGAGCGCUGAAAUAGGGUUGAAGUGCGGCAUGCUCCAGAAUCCAGUCUGAGUUCAUCUGCUAUAAACGGCAUGAGGAUGAAGAAGUCUAGACCAGAGAACAAACAGCAAGUGAAUGAAGAAGAGGAAGAAGGCCUGAAGAGCGCGGGAAGAAGGGUAAUUGUGCGACAAACUUCAGGAUCUUGCCCAACUGCACCACUUGCCACAAAGACAGAAAGAAGUCUCCACAUCAAAAGAACAGAAGAAAGGUUGAACAUGAACAAUGCAGAAGAUGAAAAAUUGAAGAGCGCUGAAGAAGGGGUGAAAGUGCGGCAACAUCCAAUAUUCCAUACGACUGCAAUGAUCAGAGUUAAAAAGAAAAGAAUCCAAGAAAGAGAAAUCAAAAAAAGCAAACCAGAUGAGCAAAGAAUCCUGAAGAGCGCUGGGUACGUGUUGAAGAUGCGGCAAGCUUCAGGAACAAGAUCAACUGUUCCACUUGAUGACAAAUGAGGCAGCAAGAAAUAAGUACAGUUGCAACAAACAGUCAAAGCCGUUGAAACAAUACAAAUGUAAAGCAGAACACGCAGAGCGCUGGAAGUAGGGUGAUGAUGCGGCAAACUCCAUGUUCCCGUUGACCUGUAUACUCCAACAGACAAACAAAAUACGAACAAUACGACUACGACGAAUUGACAGUUGCCCACCCAACAAUAAAGCCAAUGAAAAAAGCGUUCAUUCCUCAAAUGGGGUCCCAUCACCAGAAGAAGGACUGACGCAGACAGCCAGAGUGGCAAAAGCCACAAUGGCACAGUCUGAAAAGAUGACGACCUCUUCUUCUCUUGUUCCUUCAGCAAUUGACGGCUACAACAAUUCUCGCGGCAAUGCCAGCCAUACA